AUGCAAUGGUAUGAAAAUGGGAUAUAUCUGUUUGGAAUAUUGGAUAAAACAAUGAUACCUUCAUCAGAUAAUGAUUGUUUAUUAUUUGAAGAAUUAUAUUGUGUCUUGAGAGAAUUGGAAGUGAAGUUGUCUGAAAUUGAAGAAGUGUUCAAAGUUUUAAAUUCCACAAACAUGAGAGGAAAAAGAAGAAAACUCUGA